AUGGAUCCUAAAGAGCUAUUGGAGCAUUUAGCGAAAUACCCGCCAGAGCCUUUCUCCGAGGGGUGUGUCAAACUUGCGCUCCUCCCAUUCUUGAGAUCAUUACAGAUUGUUGGAGCCUAUCACGAGCAUGAUUAUUACUAUGAAUUUGUAACUAUCAUCCGGUUUCCGGAGCUCCAUGUUCAAAUGCAGAAACUUUUCUUGAGAAGCUGUGGAAUUGUAGAUACACAUCUAACAAGCAAAAUGAUCAGUUCUAUGGGAUACGAUGUCUCUGAAAUGGGUGGAAUAACCAGAGAAAAACAGACCAAAUCUAGUUCGUCGCACUCCCCGGGUUUUCGCCUGAAGUCUUUGUGGAGCGACAGAACCUACGCGUUUAUAUUGGUGAUCUUGCACUGGGCAAACCUAUUUAGGUGUGGCAUGUACUUCCUCCCAGAUUACCAUGUGGACUUUAUGACGGCUCUGAUCCCCAUCUUGUGGUUCGCCCUGGUGGCCUCAUGCAACACCUGCAUGUUCGUCAGCUGUGUCCGGCGCGACCACUUCUACCUCUUCUAUUGCAAGUGGACAGCCAUUUUUAAGGACCAGACUACCCGAAGUCUGGGGCUACGCGGGGUUCUCAACACCCGCUUCAUCCACAGAGUCGUGGUCAUCCACUGGGCAGUGGCAUUGGGCAACUUGGCCUGCAUUGUCUUCUUGAUGGUCAUGGAUGACAGUUUCUCGGCCGGCAUGAACCUCUUCUUCUACACCGCCGGCUACAGGUCCACCACGGUUAUUAUCAUCUCUGCCAUCAGCUCGUUCUUCUCCACUACCACCUGGAUCGCCACGACCGGCUUCAUUGUCGUCAUGUCCCACCACUUAGAGACGCACUUUCGGGAGUUGAGUCAGGUGUUGCAACUUCAUGUGAGUUGUUGA